AACGUCCCCCUGGUCCUCAUUGUGCAGCCGAGGAAACAUCGCAAGGUUUCGACGACGUUGGUAUGAAAUGGCAGAAACUGCUUGUGUCACGGAAGCACACAGAUUAGGUUACGUAGAAGCUACACAUGUAUUUUGCAAAGACCCAGGCCUGCUAGUGUGAGGGAAACGGGAGCGUAUCCGGAGGACAAAGGAAUUAAAGAGCUGUUUUUCUCCACCAAAAAAAAAGCGUCCGGGUUGUGUCUCCAGCAGACAGCAAACGGCGACUGCGGGUCGACACUUGUAAUUAACCGGAGAGGGGUCUUGAGAGGACAGCCCCAUUGAAUGCUCAAUCAUAGCGUUUGUCCAAGGCUUCACCAUGAACCGGAACAAGCGUGAAAAGGAGUACUACAGUAUAGAUGUGGGCGAUUCAACUUUUAUGGUUUUAAAGCGCUACCAGAACCUCAGACCCAUCGGAUCGGGAGCACAGGGAAUCGUCUGUUCAGCUUAUGACCACAACUUGGAGAGGAACGUCGCCAUCAAGAAGCUGAGCCGGCCGUUUCAGAAUCAGACUCACGCCAAACGGGCCUACAGGGAGCUGGUGCUCAUGAAAUGCGUUAACCACAAGAACAUAAUCGGCCUAUUAAAUGUAUUCACACCACAGAAGACACUGGAAGAAUUCCAAGAUGUGUAUAUAGUGAUGGAGCUGAUGGAUGCCAACCUCUGCCAGGUGAUCCAGAUGGAGCUGGACCACGAGAGGCUGUCCUACCUGCUCUACCAGAUGCUCUGUGGCAUCAAACACCUGCACUCUGCCGGCAUCAUACACAGGGACCUGAAGCCCAGCAACAUCGUGGUGAAGUCCGACUGCACACUGAAGAUCCUGGACUUUGGCCUGGCUCGGACAGCCGCCACUGGCCUCCUCAUGACGCCCUACGUGGUCACCCGCUACUACCGCGCCCCUGAGGUCAUCCUGGGCAUGGGUUACCAGGCCAACGUGGAUAUUUGGGCUGUGGGCUGCAUUAUGGCAGAAAUGGUUCGCCACAAAAUCCUUUUUCCUGGAAGGGAUUAUAUCGACCAGUGGAACAAGGUGAUCGAGCAGCUGGGGACCCCGUCUCAGGAGUUCCUGAUGAAGCUCAACCAGUCGGUGAGGACCUACGUGGAGAACAGGCCCCGGUAUGCUGGCUACAGCUUCGAGAAGCUCUUCCCUGACGUCCUGUUCCCCGCAGACUCUGAACACAACAAACUGAAAGCGAGCCAAGCCCGAGACCUACUAUCCAAGAUGCUGGUAAUAGACGCGUCAAAGCGGAUCUCGGUGGACGAGGCUCUCCAGCACCCUUAUAUCAACGUGUGGUACGACCCGACUGAAGUGGAGGCACCGCCACCCGCCAUUACAGACAAGCAGCUGGAUGAAAGAGAGCACACAGUGGAGGAGUGGAAAGAGUUGAUAUACAAAGAAGUGUUGGACUGGGAAGAAAGGACAAAGAAUGGCGUCAUCAGGGGACAGCCAGCGUCCAUAGCACAGGUGCAACAGUGAGCGGCAGCACCACCAGCACCGCACCUCCACGCCCUCCUCCGCCUCCAUCGACGACGUCUCCUCCAUGUCCCCUGACCCGACCCUGACCGACCCAGACAGCAGCCUGGAGACGGCCAGCACCGGCGCUGCUCUUGCAGCCACCGGCCCCCCUGGGCUGCUGCAGAUGACUAUCAUCUACACCCCCUCCUGGUCCUGGGAUGGGCCUCGCCCCCUGGUCACAUCCAAGACCACUUGCCCAACACUGGCUCCUGGCCCCGGCCCCCCCUGCAUCUGCCCCUCCCCCCCCUCCUCUGUGCUUGUCUUCAGUAGUGUAGCGGUUAGCCAGCUAGCUGUUUGAGAAAUAUUUUGAUUUCUGAAAGGACAGAUAUAUUUUUCUUUCUUUUUUUUAUUACAGUUAUAGUCUCUUUUUUUUUUUUUUUUUUAAAUAAAGAUUUCUUUUUGUUUGAGUCCUAGCUGUAAUUUAUUGUGGCAUUUCUUAAUUUUUUUCAGAAACCUAAGAUGAUGAUAUGAGAAUUUUUAUGAUUUCACUACGUUCCGGUUCGUAUUAACCGACCGUGAGAACUGAAAGAAAUAUCCGUAAAAUGUUUUAAUGUGAUCUAUUUUUCUGUUGGAAGUAAUUUGUUAAUUUGUAAGCUACUGCUUUUACAACUUGCCAUAUACAUGUAGAUUGAGUUUGUACAGAUUUUACGGUAGAUGUAGUUUUAUCUUCGAUACAAGUUUGCAGUGAGCCAUUGAAACAUAAUUGAAUUGACAGAUGUAUGGUCUUAGUACUCCCCUCAUCUGUUUUAUCUCACGUGUUAUGGAUAUCGUUUUAAGUGCAUACGACAUAUCCAUUGAUUUGAACUGAGAUCGUUUAGAUUUGACUUGUAAAGAAGUUUUUCUGCUUGUGAGUCACUACUACUUCCUACAUUGUAAAAAAAAAAAACAAUAAUAAUGAACUUUAUAAUUUACUCAUUCUUCACUUUCUGUUUCGGACAUGAUAGGAUUUCAAAAUGAUUUCACUCGCCAUAUAAUUCAUUUCACCUUCUGCAUUUAAGCUAAGGGAUUAAUAAUGGCCCAGUUAGGUCCCGCAAGAUAACUGUGGAGCUUUUUUGAAAGACUUAUGUAUUUUUAAGUGCUUUAAUGUGUCUCUUCUUGUCUGCAACAGGCUGUGACAUUAUGGAACUGGAGUGGUGGUAUUGCUUUGGAGGACUGGGUGCACGUUCUCCACUGGCUCGCUUUGACUGUGAGGUAUUGCUAACAGUUCAGAAUGGGGUUUUUUUUUCCGUCGUGCUUUGGGAGGUUUAUCGAGACGUAGACGAGUUAUGUGAGGUUGUAAAAUCGGUGACGGUGUAAGUAGAAUGCGCUUCUGUCAAGUAGGGAAUUGUGAUAAUGAGAAUGCAUGUGAACGUGUAGAAAUUGGGUGUCUUGGAGGGAUAGUGAUUCUGCAGCCUGAUGGAACAGUGUGAAAACGUGUCCUACUACCAGAUCCUGUUGCUAGCAAUGUGCUUUUGUGAUUUUGGAAAUUUGAGUGUUUUUUUUUUUUUUAACACUUUGCAUAACAGACUUGCCUACAAUUGUGGAAGAAAAAAAAAAAAACCUGAAACCUAUCAGCACAAACAACCAUAGUCAAAAGAAACAAAUUAUUCGUUACUGUAUGCAAUAAUAGUGCCCUUUAUGAGUGUUUCUUGAUUCAGAUUUGAAAGGAAAAAGUGCCUGUUUGUCAUUCAUUCCUGAGUACGGGGGGAGGAAGUGGAUUCAUUACGUGUAGGUUUUUAUGGCGUCUGGUUAACAACAACAAACCGGUAAUGUAUGAUGGGGGUUGUAGUUAUCACAAAUGUAUUGUAUAUUUUUCUACUUGUUUUGAUGUUGACCCUUGAGGGGGGAGACUGUUGUGUCUUGCAGGGUAAGAAGGUGAUGGCGUAUAUACGUUGAGAUGCUUAAGCACGUGUUUGAGUCAUUUCGGAAGAAAAGGCAGUUUUAUCAAGGUCUUUCAUCAAAGUAAAAAGAAGUGUUUCUUUGCAAUGACAGCAAUCGAAAUAUAGGUUUUGGAUUUUCUUUGAGUACUAAUUUAAUGUGAUGAUUAUAAAAGAGAAUAUUGAACAGGAUGUUUUCAAAUUCAACUACUGGAUCUAACUAAACGAGGGAACUCUGCGACUGCAUUAUUGUCAGUAUUUUGUGAUGGUUUAGGAUACUGUUCACUGGUGGAGUUGCAGACGGACACGUAUCUGAGAGGCAGAGCCAAACAACCAUGGCGUUUCUGGCUAAUUCUUUUUUUUUUUUUUUUUUUUAAGUUUAAAGUAAAACUUGUGGUACAAACUGAAAAGAAUGAUCUAACCAUAGUUACUUUAAACCAGCCAUAUUAGCUGAAAGCUAUCUAGGCAAGUUGUGUAAUGGUUUGUUGACUUUUUAAGAGCAUGAAUAUCAUGGUCAUAAAUAUAUAA